AUUCUAUAAGGAUUCUACCAUUUUACAUUUUUCACCAAUACUUUUAUCAGUAAUAGUAUAGGUACUACAGCCAUUCAUCUGAAUACAGGUUUAUUCAUUCUCACUAGACAACUGUCAUACUAUAUAUUUGGUCACACCAACAUAUUAGCUUUCACAUAGCACUUUACAGUACAUACCACCACUCUUCGCGCAAAAGUUUCCUAUUGUUGCCAAACUCGUUACACAUAUUUGCCACUCGUCAAAGUAAUCAAUAUAUAUCACAAAAAAUAUAACAAGAUGAUGACAGCUGGAUUCCACUGGGGCGUCAGUGCUAACCCAUCAAACGCCACUGAAAGUACCAUCCAUGAUCACCAACAUCGUAGAAGCAAAGAAAGUUCAAAAUCAGACAUAACAUUAACCACAACUUCUAUACCCAAUACCAAGAAAAGAAGAUACGAUGAUGACGAUAUACCUAAGACUAUAACUACAUCACACGGAAGAAAAUAUUCCAUCCCUACCCCUAUAUCUAAAUCGAAACGGUCUAAAACUCCACGGAUAAUUGGACAAUCAUUACCUACUAAUAGAUUAAUUGAAGUUUUAGAUAAAUCAAACUUAGAAAAUCUAUUACAAGACUUGUUACGUACACAUCCCGAAAUUGAAUCUUCUAUUAUAAAACUAGCAGCCAAACCUCAAUUAUCCAAUUCAAUUAAGUUGUUACAAUCCAAGUUUGAUUCUAUCCUUAAUCAUUUACCUUAUAAGUGUGACGUUGAAAGUGAUUAUUCAUAUUUGAGAAUAAAGCCUCAUUUACAGGAAUUCUUUAAUUGCUUAAGUGAUUUCAUCUUGAACUAUUUGCCACCAAUUGAAUCCAGUAUAAUAAACUCAUUAACCUUUUUACAAGAAGUAACUAAUUUGAUUCAUAAUAUACCAAACUUUUCAAAUAAUGAGUUCCAGUAUACUAAGUCAAUGGCUUAUGAGCAAAUUGCAAACACUUGGUUAAUUGUAGUUAGUCAAGAGGAUGAUACUACACCAGUUCCGUCAAGCACUACAGAAAACACCACCACUCCUUCUGAAGAAGAACAUAAGCAAAUCAUAUCAAUUAUAAAAGAUUAUGAUUUAAUUGAGAAAUUAGAAAAACACAAUGAUAUUUCUAAUAGCAAAUUUCAAAUGGUUAUUGAUUAUUUGAAGUCAGAAUUAGAACAACAUGAAUUAAUAAUGUCUAGAGCUACCACCACUAAUCCAUUAAGUGAUUUUAUUACUGUUGAUUAUUCAAAUUUUUCAAUGAUGGCAAGAACAUCUCAUUAGAUAGGUUAAUAUCCUGCAAUACAUACCUCUAUAAUAUUU